AGCCCACUUUUUUUUCCGGCAACUACGCAAACGGCUAAACCCUCUUCGAUUCUGGAGAGAAAAUGAGGCCAUGGAGCGAUCUCCCUGAGGAUCUAUUAGCUUCAAUUGCCAAUCGUCUCGAAGAUCCUUUGGAUUCUGUUCGAUUCCGCUCUGUCUGUUCCUCAUGGCGAUCUUCAUCUCCUAUGCGUAAAGCGUUCCCUGAUUUUUCUGUCAAAUUUCCCUUCCCCAUCUCACCCAAUGAUAACAACGAUCCAUAUCGUCAACGUCAAGGCUAUUUCGCUCUCUCUAAAUCGAAAGUAUACGUUAUCCAACCUCCACAACAAGAAAAUGGAACCCAAGAAUCUGGAACUUGGUUGGUCAGAGUCAAGAAAGGAGAGAAUGGUAAGUUUGUGCUCCUUAAUCCCUUGGAUAAAGACUUACCCAUUAAGAAUUCAUCUCUGAAGGUUUUAGAUUUAUUAGAUUUUAGAGUUACCCAAGUGGCCCAAUGUUAUAGUCUUGAUUUUAUAGAGCAUUUUAGUGCUAUUCCAGUUGAAGGACAUGCUGUUAGCGUUCAUAAAGUUCUUUUUGAUGGGUCUGUGGUUGUUGGAAUAAAGGAUUACCCUAAUUCUUUAUUUUUUAGGAGGUUAACAGAUGAUAAAUGGGUUUUGCCUGAUUUUGAAGCUAUGGAUAUUGCUGUUCAUAAAGGGAAAUAUUUUGCAGUUAAAGACAGGGGAGAUGUUACUGUUUUCGACUCUGAUUUUAGGGUUUCUGAAACUAUUAAAACUCCUAUUCGUUCAUGUGUUUAUGAUAGGUUCUUUUAUUUGAUAGAAUCAUUUGGAGAUUUGUUCUUAGUAUAUAGCUAUAUUGUCAUUGGUAGCCGUGUUCAAUUUACUGUCUAUAAACUGGAUGAAGAAAAGUCCCAAUGGGAUGAGGUUAACCGUUUGGAUGAUAGGACCUUUUUCCUUAGCGAAUCUUGCACCUUCUCUGUCAUGGCCAAAGAUUUUCUUGAAUGUAAAAGAAAUUGCAUUUACUAUGGAUUAAAUUGGCGUGAUGGUACUGGGAGGCUAAGACGUAACCUUUACCCUGUUGAUUUCAACUCAACAGAACUGCACUAUCGUCACAUUGGAGUCCUUGAUUUAGUUUAUGGUGAUUGUGGGUCAAUAGCUGAUUGCCCUGGUUAUGAUGAGAUAUUUUGGCCUCCACCAACUUGGUUAAGGACAGGUUCUUCUUCAUCCGGAGUGCAAAAUGUGAAUGCCAAAAGGCAUCAUUACUGAGGUCUUGUUCAAUUUGGUGGUUAAAUAUCAUUUUGAAUUAACUGUAUUUUGUUGCGGUUUGUGCCUGCAAUUCUUGGAAUUUUGAUGAUCUUGUAGUAACUGCAAUCAUCUUCUCUGUGUUCCUCCCUUUUGCUUUACAUUUGCUAUAUUUUCUAACCCAAUUAUAUUCAAAUGGUUAGAUUCAUUUUGAUGUCUUGUUAUUUUCAUUAGUCGGCAAAUAAAGUAUGCUUA